GGUCCCCGGGCCGCUCCUCAGAGCCCGGAGCGCGCGGCGCGGCGAGCUGGGAGCCGGUUCGGGACUGGCAGCGAAGGAACGACCUAGGAAGAAGAGGGGUGGCGUGCGCCGGCGCGCGGCACCAGGUCCCCCCCUCCAACAACAACAACCUCGGCCGGGGCCUGCCACUGCCAAUUCGGACUGCCGUGGGACGGGCUGUGCGUCCGCGACCCGUCGGGAACCGCAGCCACUCGGCCGGAGCGCAGGGACCGAGUUCGCGCGGCGGCCCACGCGGGACAGGUCCCUGGAUGAGAAGGAGCUGACGGCGGCUGGGUCCCACCUUCUCUGUGCUCGGGGGAGCAGGGCUGUGUGGCCCAGGUGACACCAAUGCCGAAGAACAGCAAGGUGACCCAGCGGGAACACAGCAACGAGCAUGUCACCGAGUCGGUGGCCGACCUGCUGGCCCUCGAGGAGCCCGUGGACUAUAAGCAGAGCGUGCUGAACGUGGCCGGUGAGGCAGGCGGCAAGCAGAAGGCAGAGGAGGAGGAGCUGGACGCUGAGGACCGGCCGGCCUGGAACAGCAAGCUGCAGUACAUCCUGGCCCAGAUUGGCUUCUCUGUGGGCCUCGGGAACAUCUGGAGGUUCCCCUACCUGUGCCAGAAGAAUGGAGGAGGUGCGUACCUGGUGCCCUACCUGGUGCUGCUGAUCAUCAUCGGGAUCCCCCUCUUCUUCCUGGAGCUGGCCGUGGGCCAGAGGAUCCGCCGUGGCAGCAUCGGGGUGUGGCACUACGUGUGCCCCCGCCUGGGUGGCAUCGGCUUCUCCAGCUGCAUUGUCUGCCUCUUUGUCGGGCUGUACUACAACGUGAUCAUCGGCUGGAGCAUUUUCUACUUCUUCAAGUCCUUCCAGUACCCGCUGCCCUGGAGCGAGUGUCCUGUUGUCAGGAACGGGACCAUGGCAGUGGUGGAGGCAGAGUGUGAGAAGAGCUCAGCCACCACCUACUUCUGGUACCGGGAGGCCUUGGAUAUCUCCAACUCCAUCUCCGAGAGCGGCGGCCUCAACUGGAAGAUGACCCUGUGCCUCCUCGUGGCCUGGAGCAUCGUGGGCAUGGCUGUGGUGAAGGGCAUCCAGUCCUCGGGGAAGGUGAUGUACUUCAGCUCUCUCUUCCCCUACGUGGUGCUGGCCUGCUUUCUGGUCCGGGGGCUGCUGCUGCGAGGGGCGGUAGACGGCAUCCUGCACAUGUUCACUCCCAAGCUGGACAAGAUGCUGGACCCGCAGGUGUGGCGGGAGGCGGCCACACAGGUCUUCUUUGCCCUGGGGCUGGGCUUCGGCGGCGUCAUCGCCUUCUCCAGCUACAACAAGCAGGACAACAACUGCCACUUCGACGCCGCCCUGGUGUCCUUCAUCAACUUCUUCACCUCAGUGCUGGCCACCCUCGUGGUGUUUGCCGUGCUGGGCUUCAAGGCCAACAUCAUGAAUGAGAAGUGUGUGGUCGAGAACGCCGAGAAGAUCCUGGGGUACCUCAACUCCAACGUCUUGAGCCGGGACCUCAUCCCGCCCCACGUCAACUUCUCGCACCUGACCACCAAGGACUACGCGGAGAUGUACAACGUCAUCAAGACCGUGAAGGAGGGCCAGUUCUCAGCGCUGGGCCUGGACCCCUGCCUCCUGGAGGACGAGCUGGACAAGUCCGUGCAGGGAACAGGCCUGGCUUUCAUCGCCUUCACUGAGGCCAUGACGCACUUCCCCGCCUCCCCGUUCUGGUCGGUCAUGUUCUUCCUGAUGCUCAUCAACCUGGGCCUGGGCAGCAUGAUCGGGACCAUGGCGGGCAUCACCACGCCCAUCAUCGACACCUUCAAGGUGCCCAAGGAGAUGUUCACAGUGGGCUGCUGUGUCUUUGCAUUCUUCGUGGGGCUGUUGUUCGUCCAGCGCUCCGGAAACUACUUUGUCACCAUGUUUGACGACUACUCGGCCACCCUGCCGCUCACCGUCAUCGUCAUCCUUGAGAACAUCGCUGUGGCCUGGAUCUACGGCACCAAGAAGUUCAUGCAGGAGCUGACGGAGAUGCUGGGCUUCCGGCCCUACCGCUUCUAUUACUACAUGUGGAAGUUUGUGUCUCCACUGUGCAUGGCUGUGCUCACCACAGCCAGCAUCAUCCAGCUGGGCGUCACACCCCCUGGCUACAGUGCCUGGAUCAGGGAGGAGGCUGCCGAGCGCUACCUGUAUUUCCCCAACUGGGCCAUGGCGCUGCUGAUCACCCUGAUCGUCGUGGCGACGCUGCCCAUCCCCGUGGCGUUCGUGCUGCGGCACUUCCACCUGCUGUCCGACGGCUCCAACACCCUCUCGGUGUCCUACAAGAAGGGCCGCAUGAUGAAGGACAUCUCCAACCUGGAGGAGAACGACGAGACUCGCUUCAUCCUCAGCAAGGUGCCCAGUGAGGCGCCUUCCCCCAUGCCCACCCACCGCUCCUAUCUGGGGCCUGGCAGCGCGUCGCCCCUGGAGACCAGCGGCAACCCCAACGGACGCUACGGGAGCGGCUACCUCCUGGCUGGCACCCCUGAGUCAGAGCUGUGACCACUGCCCCAUCCUGCCCCCACUGCCUCUCCCCUCGUGCCCAACCUGCCCACCUGUGUGGGCCUGGUCUCUUCCUCCAACGUGGGCACCAGGCCCACUGCCCAAGGAGAGGGGGGCUGCCCUGCCCCAUUGCCCACCCCAGCCCUGGCAGACCCUGCUCUGUAAUCCCAAGCAGGGGCAGGGAGCAGCUCCAUUCCUUAUCCAGGCCCCCGACCCAUCUACCCCGCUGAGGGCCUCUCACCUUGUAGCCAUGCAAGGGGGGCAGUCCAGCAGUCCUGGCUCCCAGUGGAGGUGGGGGCGGGGCUCCAAGUGGCCCCUGAGGAGCCACGCCACCCUCUCCCUCUCCCUGCACCUGCCACCUGUGGUUCUCAGAUCUGGAGGGGACCCCUGAGCUGCCAUUGUGAUGGAGGGGGGCAGAGAGGUGUCCGCUGGCUCGGGAUGAGCACAGGGACCAUCACCCUGCCCAUACCUGGCUGGAUCACUCCUGGGCCGAGAGGCUGCUUAACUGACGGCCGGGGGUGGGGACAAGUGUGCCAGGGGGUGGGGCUCAGGCUGGAGAGCCAGAGUGCAGAAGCCAAGUUCUGUCCUUGCCCACCUCGGUGGGGGCUUGGCUUCCUCCCCAUCCCUGCCCCCAGCCUGGAGCCCCAAGAGAGGAGAGGUUUCCAGAGCACAGAGUGAUAGUUCCGAGCACAGCACAGAUGUUUUGCAGCACAAUUGUGAAGCACACGCCCCCUGCCCUCACCAGGCCCCAUUUUCUCUCUAGCGGCAGCUUCCCCUGGAACAGGGAGUCCUGGAGUUUUCAGGGGCUCAUCCCAGGAAGCCUCACUCCUGGGGAAAGACAGAUUUUGGGGUCCCGUCCUCUCUUCUUGUUGUACAAGCACAGUCCCCCGGUGUGCACCUGACGCACGAGCACGUUGGGGAUGUCUCCCAAGCCUCCCUGGCCUGCACUGGGCAGUGCUGUGGGCUCGGGAGGCUGCCCAGGCCAAAGGUUCAGCUUCUACCCCGAGGCCUGGCGCCUGCGGGGGACUACACUUAGCAGCAUCUUCACUCACUCAUACUUUCAGGGCCUCCCCUGGGGGAGGGGCUGCCCUUGGAGAGCGUCUGGGAGGAUUCAGAACCUGACUUGAGAGGAAGCAUCUGUGGGGAGAUGGAUGGAUGGAUGGACAGAUGGAUGGGUGGGCUGAUGGAUGGAUGGACAGAUGGAUGGGUGGGCUGAUGGAUGGAUGGAUGGAUGGAUGGGCUGAUGGAUGGAUGGACAGACGGAUGGGUGGGCUGAUGGAUGGAUGGACAGGUGGGUGGAUGGAUGGAUGGAUAGACGGAUGGGUGGGCAGAUGGAUGGAUGGAUGGACAGAUGGACAGGUGGGUGGAUGAAUGGGUAGAUGGAUGGAUGGAUGGGGGAAGGAAGACAGGAAGGAAAGAAGUUGAAAAGGGAAGAAGGAAGGAGAGGAGAGGGGAGGCAGGCCAGCUCCACCUUUGAGAGCUCUGGUGGGCAGGGCCAGCACAGGACAGUGCCAGGCCGGGGCUCCUCACUAAGGGCACAGCUGUGGCUCUGACUUCUGCCAGCACCAGAAGGGAGAGACGAGGCCCAGCCCAGAGUCCCUUGCCCCACUCGCCUAGCCCAGGAGGGUUCGUGCCCCCCCCCCAUCACCCUGCUCCUCCUUCCCCCACACCUUCCUUCCCCCCUCCAGCUCUCUCAGCCUCACCUGUCCAUCCCGAGUGUUGGGGAGGGGGAGAAGGGUCCCCACACUGCCUUGGAGCGCUGUCUCCUGCUGUGGGCCCCUCCCUCACCUGCCAACACCUCCCACUGGGCCCCACGCCUAAUCCCGGCAGAAUUAGCAACAGGAAAAGCAAGGCCGAGGGAGAGACUCUGCUAUGUAUACUCUUCUCUAUAUUCUAUUUCUAUUGUAUAUUCAAUCUGUACAUGUGGGUGUAAAUGCUGUUAAAUGACAAACCCAAUAUUAUACUGUGGCUGGUGAACUAUUUUCAUCCUCAGUGCUGUACAGAUCUAUUUUCAUUGUAUAUUUGAUAUAUUUUUAAUUUUGUAGCGUGUGCUGGGCCGGGCCUCAGUCGCCAGCCUGCAGGAGAGGCUGGGUGGGGGCCACCUGCUUGCUCUCUGUGGGCUCCGUUGCACUUGUUGAGGCCUUUGCCGUGGGCCGGGCCCUGUCCUGGCUGUGUUUUUGCUGUGUGUUAGACGUAGGGCCCAGAGCUUUGGGUGUGUGCGUGCGUGCGUGUGUGUGCGCGUGUGGUGUGUGCAUAUGUGGGUGUGGCUACGUGUAGGGUGCUGAUUUGUGACUCCCUGUGUUCACCACCUUUCUGCCCUUCCUCCUCCACUCAGCCAGGUAGGGUGAGGCCUCAGCGUGGGGUCCCCAGGGGGAGCUCCUGCUAUGGGGAGAGGCAUGAACUCUGUGCUGGUGACUCAGUGUCUCCCAGCCCCCUUCCACCUCGCUGGAGGUGCCAGAAACCGGAAGGAGGGCCUUGGCAGGAAGUGGCCAAAUGCCUUUGGCUGUUCCCAGUGGACUCACAGGCUGCCCUCGGGGAGGGAAGGGCCUCUCAGGCACCCCUGUCCUGGGUUGGUCUUGACCCUUCGGUGGACAGCGCCACUCUUUCUUCAGGGGAGCCCAGGGCAGGUAGGGUCACCCGACUUGCUGUGAUCCUGGAGGGGCAGGCAGUGGCUGGGGAGGGCCAGGCUCCUGUGUCCCUGUCCCAGUCCCCCCCUGCCCCACUGGCUUUGGUGCUGUCCGUGCAGUGCAGACCAGGAGGCAGAGGGGACGCCAGGGCCAUGCGUCUCCCAACAUGGGCAGGGCAGGGACAGGGGUAGGACUAAAAGGGUGCCCCGACCCUUGACCCCUGGCCCUGCCUGCCCUCCAGCCCCAGUCACCAGCUUCUGGCCCAGGGAGCCAGAGGUAAGGGGAGUAGACAGGUGGGGCACACUAGAUAAUGCCAGGGAGGGUGGCUUCUACCCUCCAGCAAUAAAUCUGCACGAACUGCUGCUUUCCCAGUGCCAGUGGGCGCCCCUUGAAUCAGCCUGCAUAGGCCACAGGCUGGGGGUCCUGGGCCCUGUGCAGGCCUGCAUUAUCCCCAGGCAGGGGGCUGCUCUCGGCCCUUGCUCCCAGCUGCACACGCCCUGCCCGAGGACUCCCCACUGUGGAAAAGAGAAGCAAGACUGAACAGGUGGGACUGCACCUGCCCCACGUGCAGCAUUGAAACACAGGGGUCAGGUGUCCCUUUACUGGGGCCUGAUGCCUGGUACUGGGGGCAGAGGGCCCGGGCUCCCUUCUCAUCACAAGCUCUGCUUUGUACAGACCCAAGCACACUUGCCAGACCAUCACUCUGGGUUCAGAACAGAUCAAGUCCAUGGCUGAUCAGAGUCCUGGGUCAGAACCACUCAGCCCAGGGGAGAGGACGAGGCACUGUCACCCCCAGGGGUCCUCCUUCCUCUCUCCCUCACCGUGGUGUACAAUAAAGUGUCUGUUCUU